AUGUCCAUUCCGAGAGCCCACAUUGAGAUGCACCGAGGAGGAGGAGGCGACGACGACGUGAACCCCCCGCUCAUCGUCAAGCAGCCCGUGAUGCUCGAGCCGACCGACCUCCGCGCCGGCGGCGGCGGGAGGCCGAACAAGGUCUUCGCGGCGCUCAGCGACGCCGGCAGGGGCCACAUCAUCGCCAUGAUCGGGGAAUACCUCGGCACGACAAUGUUUCUCUUCUUCGGGUACAUCGCGGCGCAGACGGCGAAUGAGAAGAAGGACGUCACGCUGCGCGCCUCCAUUGGCGCGGGUGCCGCGCCGGCCGGGCCCAGUCUGCUGCAGAUCUCGUAUAUAUCCGCCGUGUUUGGGCUGAGCCUUGCUACCAAUGCAUGGAUUUGGUACAGGGUCAGCGGUGGCAUGUUCAACCCGUCGAUCGCUUUCGGCUUGUGGCUGUCAGGCGCCUUCAACUGGGUCCGCCUCGUCUGCGUGAUCCCGGCCCAGUUCCUCGGGGGCAUCACGGCCGCCGGCUUGGUAGCUGCUAUCCUCCCCGGGCCGCUCCAAGCCGAGAAUUCCGUCAGCGACGGUGUCAGUACAGGUGGAGGCUUCGUGAUGGAAGUGUUUCUGACUGCCGAGUUGAUGAUCACCAUCCUGAUGCUUGCCGUGGAGAAGAGCCGCACUACUUUUAUUGCACCUCUUACCAUAGGCAUUGCUCUCACAAUCAUCCAUCUUGUUGGCAUAAACGUCAGCGGCGCGUCCGUCAAUCCAGCGCGCAGCCUGGGACCCGCAGUGGUCAACAACAACUAUGUCUCGGAAUUCUGGAUCUACUUCAUCGGCCCUACCCUCGGCGCAGCCAUCGCAGCAGGCCUUCGUCACUUGCUUAAAGCCCUGGCAUAUCAGACCGCCAACCCCGGGCAGGACGGCGAUGGCAUCGAGUUCUUCCGCGUGGUGGCUUCUUCAUCGCAGGGGUCAGUGUAUCCUUCACCUGCGUGGCGCCGCAAGCCUAGACCCUCGGAGGACAGAGAGCUGCUCCUCCAUGACAUGGUGCAGCAGAGGGAGGUGUCACAUGAUUUUCCUUGA